CGCGGGCGGCCGGCAGCGCUAGCAGGCGCGGCGCGGCGCGGCUCCGGGCAUGAAGCUGGGCCGGGCGGCGCUGGGCCUGCUGCUGCUGGCGCCGUGGGCGGUGCGGGCGGUGGAGCCCAUCAGCCUGGGGCUGGCCCUGGCUGGCGUCCUCACCGGCUACAUCUCCUACCCGCGCCUCUACUGCCUCUUCGCCGAGUGCUGCAGCCAGAAGCAGAGUCUCAGCCGGGCGGCGCUGCAGAAGGAUCUGGACAGCAAGCUGUUCGGACAGCACCUCGCCAAGAAGGUCAUCGUAAAUGCCGUGUCUGGCUUCAUAAGCAACCCGAAGCCCAAGAAACCCCUCACCCUCUCCCUGCACGGGUGGACGGGCACCGGCAAAAAUUUUGUCAGCAAGAUCAUCGCAGAGAACAUUUAUGAGGGGGGCCUGAACAGUGACUACGUCCACCUGUUUGUGGCCACGCUGCACUUUCCGCACGCCUCCAACGUCACCCUGUAUAAGGACCAGUUACAGCUGUGGAUCCGCGGCAAUGUGAGCGCCUGCGCGAGGUCCAUCUUCAUAUUCGAUGAAAUGGACAAGAUGCACGCCGGCCUCAUUGACGCCAUCAAGCCUUUCCUCGACUACUACGAGCUGGUGGACCGCAUCUCCUACCAGAGAGCCAUCUUCAUCUUCCUCAGCAAUGCGGGAGCAGAAAGGAUCACAGAUGUGGCUUUAGAUUUCUGGAGAAGGGGAAAACAGAGGGAAGAAAUCAAGCUCAAGGACAUGGAGCACGCCUUGUCCGUGUCGGUCUUCAACAACAAGAACAGUGGCUUCUGGCACAGCAGCUUAAUUGACCGAAAUCUCAUCGACUAUUUUGUUCCCUUCCUCCCCCUGGAAUACAAACACCUGAAGAUGUGCAUCCGCGUGGAGAUGCAGGCCCGAGGCUAUGAAAUUGAUGAGGACAUUGUCACCAGAGUAGCCGAGGAGAUGACAUUUUUCCAAGAGGAGAGAAUUUUCUCUGAUAAAGGCUGCAAAACCGUGUUCACAAAGUUAGAUUAUUACUACGACGACUGAAUCGCUGCUCAUCGAGGAAACAAGACCUGACCCCGGCCUUCCCCCGUAAGAGCAACAUGGAUUUGUCCUGUUUGACAGGAGCUAGCCUCGGGGUGCUGAGCCCGCAGCUGGCAGACCCUGCGGCUGUGGGCUCGGCCCGAACUUUCGGAGGAAGCAUUCAACACGCAGCCCCCUAGUAUUAGGGCUCAUGAUUUUUUAAAAAUCAUGUUUUAAUUUCACGUUUCUGUUUCAAGGAAGGAUAAAUAAGUUUUACUAAAAAAAUGUAAUGACUUUAUUUUAAAUGGUUUUUAAUAUUAUGAGAAACUUCUGACUCUCAGGU